GCCGCCAAUUAAUCUGCGCCUCCGUCUCCUCCAGCUCCGACCCCCCCCCCCCCCCCCCCCCCCCUCCUCUCUCUGGGGUCAGACCUAAGGCGUCUUUAUGGGUCGCACAGUCAAGAAGGCUGGCAAGUCCAAGUCGAAGAAGGGCAAGGGAGCGAAGAAGGCUGAUGCUUCGUCGUCUGCCGCCGCCGCUGUGGCUUCUGGUCCGGCAAAGGUGUGGCAACCAGGUGUAGAUGCACUCGAGGAGGGAGAGGAGCUCCAGUUUGAUCCCGAGGCUUACAACUAUCUCCGAGGAUUUAGUAUUGGGUGGCCUUGCUUGAGCUUUGAUGUUGUGCAAGAUCAACUUGGGCUUGUCCGAUCAGAGUUCCCACACACAUUAUACGGCGUUGCUGGAACUCAGGCUGAAAAGGCUCCAUGGAAUUAUAUUGGCGUUUACAAGCUUUCCAACAUAAACGGGAAGAAGCGGGAACCUAUACCAUCUUCAAAAGUUGAGGCUGACAGUGAUAUGGAUAGUGACAGCAGCAGUGAUGAAGAAGAAGAGGAGGAAAUUAAUGAGGAUAUAAAGCCCAUCCUACAUCUAAAAAAGGUGGCCCAUGCGGGGUGUGUAAACAGGAUACGCUCCAUGGCUCAACAACCACACAUAUGUGCUACAUGGGGAGACACAGGUCAUGUUCAGGUGUGGGACUUCAAAUCCUUCCUUAACUCAAUAGCAGAUUCACGGCCAGUUGCACACAAAGAAGACGACAUAAUCCAUAAUCAUGUACCUUUGAAAAUAUUCAAUGGCCAUAAAGAUGAAGGAUAUGCAAUUGAUUGGAGUCCACUUGUUACUGGAAGACUUGUUUCUGGUGAUUGCAACAGUCGCAUUCAUCUCUGGGAACCAUCUUCGAGCACUUGGGAUGUACAUACAGAACCAUUUGUUGGACAUUCCGCAAGCGUUGAAGAUCUACAGUGGAGUCCCACAGAAGCCGACGUAUUUGCUUCUUGUUCGGUGGAUGGAAGGAUAUGUAUUUGGGAUGUUAGGACCAAGAAGGAACCCUGUAUGUCUGUUAAGGCUCACAAUGCUGAUGUCAACGUUAUCUCCUGGAAUCGGCUAGCUAGCUGUAUGAUAGCUUCAGGAUGCGACGAUGGCAGUUUCUCAGUUCGUGAUCUUAGAUUAAUCAAGGACCCAGACUCAAUGGUAGCGCAUUUCGAGUACCACAAGCACCCGAUUACAUCUGUGGAAUGGAGCCCACAUGAAGCAUCAACUUUGGCUGUAUCAUCGGCCGAUCAUCAACUCACAAUUUGGGAUCUUUCAUUGGAAAAAGAUGCAGAAGAGGAAGCUGAAUUCAGAGCAAAGAUGAAAGAGCAGGCAAAUGCUCCUGAAGAUUUGCCCCCGCAACUUCUCUUUGUUCAUCAGGGCCAGAAAGAUUUGAAAGAAUUGCACUGGCACCCACAGAUACCUGGGAUGAUCGUGUCAACAGCAGCGGAUGGCUUCAACGUGCUGAUGCCCAGCAACAUAGACACAACCAUAGCUGGGGCAGACAAACCUACUUUAGCACCACUUGGCUAAUUUCCAAGGCUUAUAAAAUAUCUGAAUAUCUUCCUAGGCUAAGCGCAAUACUGCGAGUAUCUAUCUUUUUUUUUCUUCAGUAUCAUGUAUUUUAUGUUUCUCGUUUUGUGGAGAAAACCAUCUAAGUUUUGUGUAAGAGAUAUUGUGGAUAACCAGUCAGGUCAUCCUGGAUCAUACUCACCAAAUUAGCUAAUCCAGAUGGUCCACUGUUGACACAAA